UCCCCUCCCCUCCCUCCUCCCGCGGCGGGUGGCGGCGGCGAGCGAAGAUGGCGAAGACGUACGACUAUCUCUUCAAGCUGCUGCUGAUCGGCGACUCGGGCGUGGGCAAGACCUGCCUGCUGUUCCGCUUCAGCGAGGACGCCUUCAACACCACCUUCAUCUCCACCAUCGGAAUCGACUUUAAGAUAAGAACAAUAGAAUUAGAUGGAAAGAAAAUCAAGCUACAAAUAUGGGAUACAGCAGGCCAGGAGAGAUUCCGCACAAUUACAACAGCUUACUACAGAGGAGCCAUGGGAAUUAUGCUGGUGUAUGACAUCACUAAUGAAAAGUCUUUUGACAACAUAAAAAACUGGAUAAGAAACAUUGAGGAGCAUGCCUCUUCAGAUGUAGAAAGAAUGAUCCUCGGUAAUAAAUGUGAUAUGAAUGAAAAAAGACAAGUUUCAAAAGAAAAAGGGGAGAAGUUAGCAAUUGAUUAUGGAAUCAAAUUUUUGGAGACAAGUGCAAAAUCCAGCAUAAAUGUGGAAGAGGCAUUUUUCACACUUGCACGGGACAUUAUGACAAAGCUCAACAGAAAAAUGAAUGACAACAGUUCAUCAGGGGCAGGGUCACAAAGCCUCAGAAAUAAUACCACCAAGCUGCUGCUGAGAGCUCCAUUGAACGUAGACUGCGAUACACAAAAUACCAAGUGGAUUUUGUUCACUAAGCCUAUUGACCUGUCAGGCUCCUCUUUCUCAGAUAUGGAAGCUAUGAAGUGGAGACACAAAUAAGAAUUUAGUGCAAUUUUGUUGUCCCCUGCUGAAACUGAAGAAAUCUAAUUUCACGUUUUAUGGAUAAGGUAAAAUGCAUAUUUCUCUCUCUCUCUCUCUCUUGUUUUGUCUUGUUUUGCUCCCACCCGUACUCUCCAGCAGUAUUAAAUGGCUGAGUAGCUGCACUUUACUAGUGUGCUAAUUUUUGGUCAGUGUAGACCUCUUCCUGUGUAGAGUCUGGAUUGUCAGGCAUUGAAAAAUGUGCUGUAUCUUAGCUUGCAAAUCAAUCGUAUGUUUUACUGAGAACUUUCUUUUUUUUUAGCUAUCUCUCGCUUUAGGCAAGUGGAAGGUGAUAAAUCUGCCUAGGCAUCAGAUACUGGGUACUACAGGCUUUUCUAAUAUCAGUAUGAUUUUUUUUGUGCAGUCUUUGUUGCAAAUUUGCUCAAGACUAUAUAAUCUGAACUUGGAAGAACUCUUAGCUAUACCUCAGUCAAUUAGCUACUAUUCUAAUGGCCAUUAGAAUGAAAGUCAUUCAAUUAUUAUUCAUUAAGCAGCAAAUGUAUUUCUGUCUUGCUCCAAAGAUUGUCAUCAACUUUUUAGGAAAGGCAGACUUUUUUGUGGAUUUUGAUAAGACAAAGCUGCUGUUUAUGCUGUUGAUUUUUAUUUUUAUGAAACCUUUCCUUCUGUCCCAUGUCUGUGCAAUGCAUCUUGACCAAGUUUUUUUCCAAGUGUUUUCUAAAAAAAAAACACAAAAGAAAAAAUGGUCUCAGUGCUUCUCAACUUUAGCUUUCAGUCUGUGCUCAGCAAAACAUGCACAAAGUGGUUUUGUUGAGUAGAUACAGAAUAUUUGAUUUAGUUAUUAGUUGUCCUGAAGUUCUACUAUUGUAUUGUUGUUAAAACUUAAACCACUCAUGAAACCUAACACAGCUCACUUUUUAGGGAGGUGGGGAAGGGUUGUUCUCAAAAAUGCUGAUUGUUUUUUCAGACAUGCAGGUUGUUUUGGGGGUUUUUGAGGGGAGUUCUUUUUGGCAAAAUGCAUUUCUCAUCACAAGUACAUUUCCCCUCCUGGUCUGCUAAAGUCAAGUGAAUCAAGUCAGUCAUUUUCUCAAUUGAAAAUAGGAGUCUGGAAUACACAUAAUACGUUAAAAAUUGUGAAUGGAUAAUGAUUUGAAAGCUACGUGAAUAAUAUGUAAACUGCAUAAAUGUGUUGUUUGUGGAAAUGCAUCUGUUAUCUGUUUGUAUAUAAAUGUAAGUGAAAUUUUGCAAAGUUAAACUUACUGAGGGUUAGCCUGUAGAUGAUAGGUCCUUUUUUCCUCUGUUCACUGAACUGCUUGUGCCACUCUUGUUCUUAUAAAUAAAACUUGUAUUUCUGCCUGCCACAAAA